GAUGAGCCUGCUCAGCCCAGAGGCAGGAAGCUUCCCUGGGAACCUCGGGAUGCUGCAUUAGAGGCACACGGGCAGUGCUCCUCUCCUCAUUCUCUCAAAGAGUCUUUUGAGAUCCCAGGGAUGUGCAUAUGGUCUGUGCUGCUUCCUCUGGUGUCUUCACUUGAAUCUCUCACUGGAAUAUGGAUGAUGCAAGCACAAUUAAAUGCCUCAGCCCAGAGAAAGUGGAAAGAUGUAUGAGCUCCAUGCAGGCGGGCACCCAAAUGAUCAAGCUCCGUGGGGGAUCCAAAGGGCUGGUCCGCUUCUAUUACCUGGAUGAGCACAGGUCCUGCAUCCGCUGGAGACCCUCCCGCAAGAAUGAGAAAGCCAAAAUCUCCAUCGACUCCAUCCAGGAGGUGUGUGAGGGGAAGCAGUCGGAGAUCUUCCAGCGCUACGCUGAGGGCAGCUUCGACCCCAACUGCUGCUUCAGCAUCUACUACGGGGACCACAUGGAAUCCCUGGACCUGGUGUCCUGCAGCGCCGAGGAGGCCCGGACCUGGAUCACGGGGCUGAAGUACCUGAUGGCAGGGAUCAGCGACGAGGACAGCCUGUCCAAACGCCAGCGGACCAGGGACCAGUGGUUGAAGCAGACCUUUGAUGAGGCAGAUAAAAAUGGUGAUGGCAGUCUGAGCAUCAGUGAAGUGCUCCAGCUCAUGCACAAACUGAAUGUGAACCUGCCCCGACAGAAAGUCAAGCAAAUGUUUAAGGAGGCUGACACGGAUGACAACCAGGGCACGCUGGACUUCGAGGAGUUCUGUGCCUUCUACAAGAUGAUGUCGACGCGCCGCGACCUGUACCUGCUGCUGCUCACCUACAGCAACCACAAGGACUACCUGGACACAGACGACCUGAGGCGCUUCCUGGAGACUGAGCAGAAGAUGACAAAUGUGACUAAAGAGCAUUGCCUGGAGAUCAUCAACAAGUUUGAGCCGUGCCUGGAGAACAAGAAGGAGGGAGCCCUGGGGAUUGAUGGUUUCACCAAUUACAUGCGGAGCCCGUCAGGGGACAUCUUCAACCCCGAGCACUACCACGUGAACCAGGACAUGAGCUACCCUCUGAGUCACUACUUCAUUACCUCCUCACACAACACCUACCUCAUGGGAGACCAGCUGAUGUCCCAGUCCCGGGUGGACAUGUAUGCCUGGGUGCUGCAGGCCGGCUGUCGCUGUGUGGAAGUUGACUGCUGGGAUGGGCCGGACGGGGAGCCGAUUGUCCACCAUGGAUACACUCUGACUUCCAAAAUCCUCUUCAAAGAUGUGAUUGAAACUAUCAACAAAUAUGCCUUUAUCAAGAACGAGUACCCUGUUAUCCUGUCCAUUGAGAACCACUGCAGCAUCCUGCAGCAGAAGAAGAUGGCUCAGUACCUUGUGGAAAUCCUGGGAGACAAACUGGACCUGUCCUCUGUGCACAGCGACGACUCCACAAAGCUCCCUUCGCCAGCAAGUCUUAAAGGAAAGAUCCUGGUCAAGGGCAAGAAACUUCCAGCCAACAUCAGUGAUGAUGCAGAGGAAGGAGAAGUUUCUGAUGAGGACAGUGCUGAUGAGAUUGAUGAUGACUGUAAACUAAUGAAUGGAGAUGCAUCUGCUAAUAGGAAGAGAGUGGAGAACAUAGCAAAGAAAAAGCUUGACUCACUAAUAAAAGAAUCCAAAAUCCGUGACUGUGAAGAUCCAAACAAUUUUACGGUUUCCACUCUGCCAUCAUCAGGAAAGGCUGGGCUGAAAUCUGAUAGUAAGAAGAGCAAACUGGAGGAUGAUGUGGAGCCUGGGGAGGAUUUCAGCACCCACAAGAGGCACAGCCGCUCCCUGAUGGGCAGCUUUUCCAAGCGCAAGAAAAAAGGAAGCAAAUUGAAAAAAGCAUCAAGUCUGGAAGAGGGUGAAGACGAUUCGGAUUCUCAAGGGAAUUUAGCCAGGAGCUCUGUACAUUACAGCAGGAUAAACCGACAGAAGAAAACAAUGAAGCUGUCCAGGGCCCUGUCUGACCUGGUGAAGUACACAAAGUCUGUUGGCAUCCAUGAUGUUGAAAGUGAAAUCUCUUCCAGCUGGCAGGUCUCAUCUUUCAGUGAGACCAAGGCCCACCAGAUCCUGCAGCAGAAGCCAGCACAGUACCUGCGCUUCAACCAGCACCAGCUGUCCCGCAUCUACCCGUCCUCGUACCGCGUGGACUCCAGCAACUACAACCCCCAGCCCUUCUGGAACGCGGGCUGCCAGCUGGUUGCACUGAACUACCAGUCAGAGGGGAGAAUGCUGCAACUGAACCGGGCCAAAUUUAGUGCCAAUGGGAACUGUGGCUACGUCCUCAAACCAAACUGCAUGUGUCAAGGUGUCUUUAAUCCAAAUUCUGAAGACCCACUGCCUGGUCAGUUGAAGAAACAGUUGGUUCUAAGAAUUAUCAGUGGUCAACAACUCCCCAAACCACGUGAUUCCAUGCUGGGAGACAGAGGAGAGAUCAUAGAUCCAUUUGUUGAAGUAGAAGUUAUAGGCUUGCCUGUGGAUUGUUUCAAAGAACAAACCAGAGUAGUUGAUGACAAUGGUUUUAACCCCAUGUGGGAGGAGACACUGGUGUUCACAGUGCACAUGCCAGAGAUCGCCCUGAUCCGGUUCCUGGUGUGGGACCACGACCCCAUCGGGCGGGAUUUCAUCGGGCAGAGGACAAUAGCAUUCAGCAGUAUGAUGCCAGGUUACAGACACGUGUACCUGGAAGGCAUAGAAGAGGCUUCCAUCUUUGUCCAUGUGGCCAUCAAUGACAUCUGUGGUAAGGCCAAACCGGCUCUAGGUCUAAAAGGGCUGUUUCUCAGAAGUCCAAAGCAGGCCUCUCUGGACAGUCAUGCUGCUGGGCAGCUGCACCGCAGACCUUCCUUUAGCAGCCACCUGCUGCGGCGCACGGCCAGCGCCCCCACCAAGAGCCAGAAGAAGACCAAGAAGGGCUUCCCCGAGAUCGCUUUUGACACCAAGGACACCGGCUGGGCCGGGGCCGGGGAGGACCGGGAAGGGGACGCCGCCUCCCAGCCCCGCUUUGUGCAAGAGCCAGAAAGUGCUUCUCCAUCCCCAGCUCCCCGAGACGGCGCCGGCGGGGAGGCGCCCGGCCAGGGGGGGAAAGGUAAGGCAGGUCUGGCAAGGGCCAGAGCCAGAGCUUGUGCCCGGGCGGGGGCUGCCCUCAGCGAGCCCCUGCCCCGGGCGCGGCGGGUGCCGGCCGCAGGAAGCCCCCCGGGCGAGAAGCAGAGCGUGUUCGCCCGCUGCGCCAUCAACAGCUCGGGCCGGAUCGGCGUGGCCACCAACUGCAUGAGGUGCAUGAUCGGCUCCAGGGACAGCCCCGACCUGGAGGGCCCCUGGGCAGAGCCCCCCGCCAGGCCCGCUGCCCACGGGCAGGGUGGCAGUGCCGCUGCAGAGGAGAGGGUCGAGCUCAGGACCUGGGUGGUGAGGGCCCAGCCCAGGCCCCAGGCAGACCUGCAGCCCCGCGGCAGCCCCGGCACUGCCGAUGACCCCGGCAGCACCCAGCCUCUGGUGACCCCAGGGAAGAGGAGUGUUGACUCUAAAUGUCACGGAAUAAAGGCUCACUCCCGGCAGCGCUGGCAGGGCCAGUCAGGUGGCAAGUAUGGAAGCACUGUCAACCUGGUUGCAGCCAGCAAUGGCUCCAUAUCCUCCAACUCCAGCAGUCUAGAAAGCCUUGGAAGCCCAGAAUUCCCCAGGCACUGGUCUGAACCUUCUCGAAGGCAAGUGGGCACCCUACAGAGGGAAAUGAACGCCUUGUUCGUUCAAAAGUUGGAGGAAAUUCGAAGUAAAUCCCCUAUAUUCUUUACUGUUAAGAACUGAAAGGACAA